AUGAAAAAGAAGUAUGGUGUUAACGCUAAGCUGCUUUUCACCGAUACGGAUAGUCUCUGUUAUGAAGUGAAGACCCGUGACAUCUACCAAGACAUGCUGGAAGAUGCAGGGCUAUUCGACACAUCCGAAUACACACAAGGCCAUCCCCUUCACAGUAUCAGAAACAAGAAAGUUCUCGGGAAAAUGAAAGACGAAACACAUGGUUUUCCAAUCCAAGAGUUCAUUGGUUUGAGGCCAAAGAUGUACUCUAUCCUAUACACUGAAAACAACAAACAGGUGGAGAAGAAAACAGCUAAAGGGAUAAAGGGAUAA